GCGGCUGCCAAUGAGCUCCGCCGAGUAGCAGAAGGGGCAGGGCUAGCCCUUAAAGGAACCACGACCUCUUAGCAGACCGGAGGGUGACCCGGAUGAUGGCGGCCGGAGCGGCCCUAGCCUUGGCACUGUGGCUACUACUGCCGCCGGUGGGGGUGGGAGGGGCAGGGCCACCGCCGAUCCAGGACGGCGAGUUCACGUUCCUGCUGCCUGCGGGGAGGAAACAGUGUUUCUACCAGUCAGCGCCUGCCAACGCAAGCCUCGAGACUGAGUACCAGGUGAUCGGAGGUGCUGGACUGGACGUGGAUUUCACGCUGGAGAGCCCUCAGGGCGUGCUGCUGGUCAGCGAGUCCCGCAAGGCAGAUGGGGUGCACACAGUGGAGCCCACGGAGGCCGGGGACUACAAGCUGUGCUUUGACAACUCCUUCAGCACAAUCUCUGAGAAGCUGGUGUUCUUUGAACUCAUUUUUGACAGCCUGCAGGACGACGAGGAGGUUGAAGGCUGGGCAGAGGCCGUGGAGCCCGAGGAGAUGCUGGAUGUCAAGAUGGGAGACAUUAAGGAAUCCAUCGAGACCAUGAAGACCCGGUUGGAGCGUAGCAUCCAGAUGCUGACGCUACUGCGGGCCUUUGAGGCACGUGACCGCAACCUGCAGGAAGGCAACCUGGAGCGGGUCAACUUCUGGUCUGCUGUGAACGUGGCCGUGCUGCUGCUGGUGGCCGUGCUACAGGUCUGCACACUCAAGCGCUUGUUCCAGGACAAGCGCCCUGUGCCUACGUAGCCCCGGAAGGAAGAACGGGGAAAAGGGCAGCAGGGUACACGUGUGUGAGACAUGGGGGUCCCUUCCCCAACUGAGUUUCCUUCGGGAGGGGAGGCUAUACAGUCAGGGCCAGAGGUGUGGCCCUCAAGUGUCCUCUCCCUUGGAGGGGCCAGGCAAGAAACACUUGUUGGCUUGGCUGACGGACCUGGGCCCUCCGGGAGGGGCAGCUCAGUGGCUGUACCUGCUCUCCUGGAAAUGGUGCACGGACGGGGACACCGCAGCAUUUGAAUGCAACCCUUGGGUGUUGUGGCUCGUCUCCGUGUCCCCUGCUGUAAAUGUGUGUGCCUUAGCCUGAGUCUUCCAGCACUGCACUGGCACUAGGUGUGGGAUGGGGCCCGGGGAAGCAAACUCUCCCUUCCCUUCCCUACUGGCCUUCUGAACCAGGUUGUGGUGGGAGGGGGCUUGCUGUUUGUAGGGCCCCAUGCCUUCCUUGGUCUCCC